AUGCUGCGCCAGGCGGGCGUGCCGCACGUGUGGCUGCCGCUGACAGGCCACGGCGGCGCCUACGACCGGCUGGUGGGGCCUUACCGGGCCGUGCCGCCCGUCGAGCUGGAGGUGCACGCCGUCGUGUCGCUGGCGCGCCGGUUCGGCUGGCGCUACCUGUCGGUACUGCACUCGACCGACCAGUACGGCCUGUGGGCGCGCCAGCUGCUGGUCGAGACGGCGCCGCAGCACGACAUCUGCGUCGGCUCGGUGAUCGGCGUCGGCGGCGGGUUCGGAGCCGCCGAGGCCGAGGGCGCGCUGGCGGAGCUGGGCCGCGACUCGGCCGCCUCCACCGUGGUGGUGCUGGUGUCGCGGGCCGAGCAGACGCGCCGGCUGCUGGCCGCGGCCGCCGCGGCUGAGGACGGUCUCCGGGAGCGGCUGCUGUUCGUGGUCGGCCGGCACGGCGGCCCGCCGCCCGACGACGAGCGGCUGGCGCCGGCGCUGCGCCGCGCCGUGUUCGUCUCGCUGCCCGAGUCGCCGCCGAUGACAGCCGUCUCCCGGUGGCUGGCCACCAUGAGCGCCGAUUCGCACGCGCCGCUGCCGGACGAGUGGUUCGCCGAACUGGCCGAGCGGCGUCGCAAGUGCGCGGAGGCCGCCGCCGACGGCCAGCCGGCGUCGACCGACUGCGCCGCGCUGCCCCGCGAGCAGAGCCCGCCACCCGUCUCUGCGUACGUGCACCAGGCGUCUGCGGCCGUGGCGGCGCUGCUGGACACGCUGUCCCAGUACCUGCAGCGCCACUGCGUGCCCGGACAGCCGUGCGCGCAGCUGGUCGGCGCCGAGCUGAUGGAAGCGCUGGACGCCCGUCUGGCCAACACCUCGUCUUCCACGCCGCAGCGGCCGCGGCUGCUCUCUGCCGAGCUGCAGCUGUGGGCGGUCCCGGACGGUCGCCGGCCGCGGCCGCUGGCCUCCUACGGGCGCGGUCUGCUGCGGCUGGCCCAGGGCGAGGCCGGCUGGCGGGCCGCGCUGGAGCAGCACCGCUCUGAGUGCAGCACCGGGCCGUGCCUGGCCACCUGCGCGCAGCAGACGGAGCUACUGGCGCCGCGCGCCGGCGGGCCGCCGCCGGAGCCGGAGCCGGCCGCGCUGCGGUCCGUGUUCGGGGUGGUGAGCGUGGUACUGUCGGCGCUAGGUGUUCUGGUGGCGCUCGGCUGUCUAGCCUACUUCAGCCUGUCGGCCAGUAGUCGCGUCUGCCGCUCGCCAGUCGACGCCCAGGUGCUGGUCGGCCUGAUCCUCAUCUGCUGCGACAACGUGGCCUUCCUGCUGCCGGCCAGUGCCGGGGUGUGCGGCGCGCGCCGCUUCGUCACCGGCCUGGCGUACGCCACCGUGUACUCGGCGCUGCUGGUCAAGAUGAUCCAGGUGUGGCGCGUGGCCGGUGGCCGGUGCGACGAGCUGUCACAGCGCGGCGCUCUGCUGCUGGUCUCGCUCUGCCUGCUGGCCGUGCAGGCGCUGCUGGGCGCCGCCUGGCUGGUGCUGUCGCCGCCGCGCGCCCAGAUGCUGGUCGGCCGACUGCGGUGCGCGCCCGCCGGCCGGUUCGAGGCGGAGCUGGCCGUCUCGCUCAUCUACGUGCUGCUGCUGAAGCUGGGCCUGGUGUGUUUCUGCGCGGCCGGCUGGCGCGGCGAGUCGGCGUCGGGCGGCCGCGAGCCGGAGCCGCGCUGGCUGCUGGCCACUGCCGGUCUGACGGGCGCCGCCUGGGCCGGCUGGCUGGCCGCCGUGCUCUCCUGGCCGGCUGAGCACAGCGCCGCCACCGCCACCGUCAUCUGCAACCUGGUCUGCGUCUGCGUCUUCUUCGUCUGCCUCUACCUGAGGAAGGUGAUGCUGUUCAACUAUUUGUGGCGGAACCCCGACGACCCGGACCUACCCUCGCCGGUGACCGUCUCCACCAUCAACAACUCCUUCCUGAUGCAGAUGCCGGCCAAACUGAAAAACUUCUCCUUCGUGCGCACACCACAGCUCUCAGAAAGAAUACAGGAGAACGCGCGCACUUGGAACCCGGCGACCGAGGAGAACGGAGCCUCGCUGAGUUUCGCCGACGACGAGAGCGUCGACCUGGACCGCUCGCUGUCCGUGCACGAGUUCACGCUGUCGGCCGAGCAGCGCAGCCGUAUCACGGCCGCCGCCUGCCUCCAUGUGGAGACGGUGACCAGCAGCUCGGAGAGCGAGGACAUGGACCACUACGACACGCCCAAGGCGCUCAACGAGCUGGUGCGCCGGCUCGGAGACCGCACCGUGCUCGUGCUGCCCACCGACAACGCAGACGGACAGGACGAAGACUCCAAGAUUUGAGGUGGACAUGUCGUCUACCGGGGGCGUAGACAACCAACGAACGGCGUUACAGCGCACAAUGGAACCUCGUCGGUAAUGCGAUACGCUCUCACGUCGUCGACCGACAGUAUUGUGAUAUAAUGGACCGAACGGGCCGCCACUGACCUGGUAGGGGACCGACAUCGGCACCGGGAGAAACACUGGGCGGCUCAGCAGGACUGCUGUCGUGGACGAACUGCCAGAGGACUGACCGGCACGUAUGACAGAUCGACAGCCGACAGUGUCAGUCAGCAGUCGUCGCCUAGUGUCACCAAUGAUUGCUAGCCCGGCGUGGCCUUCGUGGAUAUGAUGACCCAGUAUUAUGCAAACGGUCCCUUCGGGGAGCGUCGGCAUAACUAUGCCAAGUGCCAGCCCCAUAGUUGGUUGUUUAAGUCGCGAACCCGCCUCACCGAGAGACAGAACAAGCGAGUGUCGAUUCGCUGGAAAUUAUCCCAGCCGAGGCAAGCGGACUCCGACGUGGUGAUUAAGUGGGAGGGGCGGCUACAAGCUCGGCGCUUCAGACUACUGUCGGUGAAAGCUCGGGCGCACUCGACACUCGACAGGGAAAUAAGGAUAUACAGCUGUUUUGUUACUACGCUUUAAAUGUCGAGGCACUUUGUGUAAUUUAUAAAUGACGUACAUUUGUGAUGUGUAUGAAUAUAUUGUAACAUUUC